GUCACUUUGCUCGCAAUUCGUACAAAUACUCAGCUGGGAGUAGAAAUGAAUUCAGUAAUAUUUUAUACUUGUUUAAACGCGGUUAUAAUUCGUACAGCGGUGAGACACCUGAAGCACCAUUUUUGAUUACCACAUUCACAUUAGUGUCGGAAAAGUCUAAACAAUUUACUUCAAUUUGAAUUUAUAUUUAAGCCCACGAAAAGGGAAUUGUCUCUACAUUUUUAUUUGUGAAUACGGUAUUUGUUUGGCCAGUAUAAAGUAGUCAGCGAAUUCGCUGCCCUGCCUCCGUCCACUAUUGUUGAGUGCGUCAGCCGAGCAUAUCUUGCGGAAAAUCGAAACUGCCUAUCAGAACGUGGGCAAAGGGAGUACGCAGGUCAGCCCAGCGUUGUAAUGCCAUUUGCGAUAGCAGGAAUAUUUAAACGAAAUUUCGUGAAAUAAACUAAAAAGACAACAAAGAACGUGUUUGUGAAAGUGCAGUGGACUAAGUGCAGUUCAGAAGCGUCGCAAUAAAAGUCAAAAAGAAGAUAAUAUUCAGUUGUGCAGUGAGUUUUUUUUAAAUGCUUUGCCGAUCCUACAACUACCACAACACGCACUGUUAUGCGUCCAGUUAACAGUAAAGGCAACAAAAACAAAUCAAAACAUUUUAAUCAACUUCGGGGGUCUCAAAGGCAAAUGUAUUCUUUGUAGAAUUUAAAAUGUAAACCGCUAAGUGAAGAUUUUUUAUGUGCCGCAAAGUGUCCAUUGGUUGAUUCACCUAUGUGUACAUAUAUAUGGAUUUGUGUUUGGAUGAAAUACAUGUGUAAUAAACAGUUAGAAAAACUGUGCUAAAUAUAAGAAAGAAGCAGUAAAAUUGACAUUGACUCCAGAAGGAAAAACGUGCGAAUGACAGUUCUGCUGGUCGGCUAAAAUACCAGGGAGAGCACACAAAUAUUUGUUUUCAAAAGAGCGCGAGUGUUUACAAACUAACGUUGAGAGAAAUAUUCAUACAUAUGUAUGUAAAUACAGAUUUAAAAACGAGGACAACCGCAAAAGGCAAGAAUAUAUCCCCUUCGUACAUUUGUAAAAAUCCCUUAGAAGAAAACGUGAAUUUUCAAAGUUAAGUCCAACGUCCGAGGUGAACAGUCGCCAAAUCAUAGCGGCGAAAAACAGUCGACCAAAAUCUAAAACUCCAAUAAGCGUCAAUAUUUGCAAAAAACUUAGUUUGUUGACGAUAAGAUUGUUAAGCUGUUUCAGCCGAAAACAGCUGUGAAGUUGGUCAUCGCGAAUACAGAACUGCAGUGUAACGGAACGAAUAGAAAGCGACCAUUCAAAAGAACCAUCCAACCAAUUAGCCAUCAAUUUGCUUAUCGGCGCUUACUAAUCACCUCUACAGUGAUCGUCAACAAUACUUUCUCAAUUUAUUUUGUUGUUAUAGUGUAAAUUUAAUUUCUAACAAUGAACGCGACGCAGCAAGAUUGUCAACUCAUUUGACACAUACCGAAUAAAUGUUGUGACAAAAGAAAAAUAACAAAUACAACGAAGUGAAAGGACGCAGUUCAAUUGCUGAACCAAAAAAAAAAUUCAAAUAAAUUUAAAUCUUACACAUUAAUUAGAUAAACGAACACUGUUGUGAGACAGUCGGAAAACUGAGUUGAAAACUAUUAUUUUAUUUUUAUUUUUUGUUCUUGUUUGUUUAUACCAAAAAAAGAAUGCAAAAAUCUUGAUAAACCUACAGCAAAAGGAAUUCGAGAGAAAAAACUAAUAUAUAAUACAAAUACAAAUACUUCUAAUUGAUCAAUACGCUCAGCGAACGGAAAUCUUCUUGCCGCAUGUGGAUUAUAUCAGUGUUUGUGAUUCUGCCAAAGACGUUGUUGAAGUGGACGACGCCGCAUUGCAAAAGUGCAACCAAAUUCAAAGCGAAACUCGUCAGACACCAAUUGUCAGCAGAAAUAGUAGCAGCAAUAACAACAACAAAAACAAUAUUAGUUGCAGCUUUAGCGCCCAUUAGCAAGAACGACAACAACAAUAACAACAGCAACAUCAGCAGUAGUGUAGCAGAAAAAGCUGUAGCCUUUAACCCAAAGCAAUAUUCUAGCCAAUUAAUAAUAGUCGAGUGUGUGCCCAUCGCAUUUUUAGUAUCCACACCGUUGUUGCCAGCGACGGGGCCUCUGUUCGAUAUCGUACUUAUUUUCAUCGUAUCGCUUAUUCGUUUAUGCAUUCAACAUUUCCUCCAUAACGCGGUUAAAUCGAAGUUAGUAUUCUUGAUGAAUGACAUUCGCGUUAAAACACUUUAUAAGCCAACUACAAAAACAACAGAAACAGUAGCAGCUGGAACUGAAUUGACUGUAAUAUUGUCGAAAAUAUUAAGAGCUAUUCGCAUAGUGAUAGAAAACAAUAAUAAUAACAACAACAAUAAUAUCAACAGCAACAAUCUAUUAAGAUUUAUAGUGGAGAAAACCACAAGAAUAAUAACAACGUUAACCAAUCAAAUCCCCCGCAUCAGUGAGGCUAUCGCCCCCCUCUAUUCAAUAUUAACAUCAGGAAAUAGCAUAAACAUCAUCACGGUGGCCGCCCUUGUACAAUUACACCUCUUUAAUAAUAACUCCUUCUCGUCGAACAAUCAUCGCACUUACAAUAACGGCAGUAAAUCGAAUAAAGUAUUUCUACACUAUACACCACGUGAUCCGCGUUUAAGAAACGUCAGUGAAAAUCAAGAGAUUUUCAUUAAUAAACACCAAAUCGAUAGUGUUAGUGAAUUGAAAAUAACUGAAGAUUUAUGCGCUUAUGGUGAAGUUAUUGGAGGUUCCUCCACAAUAGUAACAAUAACAAAAGUUAGCGCUAACUUACAAAUAUCCUGUGAUUGUAAUCAAAUUAUUAAUUGUAACCAUACGUGUAAUCUUAGUAAGAAUAAUAAUAGUGAAUUUGAUGGUGAAAGUGAAAGUGAAUGUAAAAGUAUUGCAAGCCGCAACUUAAUUAUUAGUGAAUCUUCGCAUAGUAACAUUAUUUCGUCUAUCAACUCCCUCAAACUGAUAUACAAGGAGACACAAACCCCAACACACCCAACAGACGAAAAGGUCCCUAAAGUGAAAAGAACUCACUUGGGUCCCCAGAAUUUAACGCAGCGUACUAUACAGUUGGUAUUCUACUGUAAAGUGUAAAGUUGAACUCAUUGUGCGAAGCGAAUUGCCUAACCAUCUCCGUGUUCCUCACCACAGUUGCUGUUAUACUGAAUUCCGUGGUGUGCCAUUUAAUCCGGAGAUAAAACUCACAAAUAUAUACCGCAAGAAAAGGAAUGUUAAAACGCAGAUUGUUUGUCGAGAAUUAAAAUAAAAACCGUUGAAUUGAUGAGAAGCUGGUCUUACCGGAAAACAGAUUAAGAGUAACAGGAUAUAAAAAAGAUAAACAAAUAUUAGACCAAGUACAAUAAGAAAAGCAUUGCUGAAAACCAUUGUGUUCAAAACGAAAUCAGACGUACACAAACAAAAAAUUAAUUGGAGAAUUAUUGAUAUAAUAAAAAAUAGGGGUCAUCGUCAGA